UUUUUUUUUAUACAUAUUAUAUAUAAAUUUAUUUACUUAUUUAUAUAUUUAAUAUAACUUGUUUUAACUAGUUUUUUUAUUAUUAUUUAUUUAUUUGAAGAAUUAAUAUGUCUACUGAUAUGGAAAUUGACUCUAAUAAUACAGUACCACCUACUGAAUUUAUGGAUGAAGAUCCCCCUGCUAUGAAUGAACCACAAGAGACAAAUAAUAUUGCUGUUUUGAUUGACGAACUUAAACACGAAGAUGUUACAUUCAGACUUAAUUCUAUUAAAAAAAUGGAUAUCAUUGCUAAUGCUCUCGGCGCUGAAAGAACUAGAAAUGAACUUAUUCCUUUCCUUCAAGAAUCUAUUGACGAUGAAGAUGAAGUCUUGUUAGCUUUGGCUGAAGAAUUAGGCAAAUUAGUUAAUGCAGUUGGUGGUAAUGAAUUUGCUUACUAUCUUUUACCUCCUUUGGAAAAUAUUGCAGCUGUUGAAGAAGCUUCUGUUAGAGAUAAGGCAGUUGCUUCCCUUUGUUGUAUUUCUGAAGCUUUACCCGAAGAUCAUCUAGAUAAAUAUUUUAUUCCUCUUCUUAAGAGACUAAGUGUUGGUGAUUGGUUUACAAGUAGAACUUCUGCAACAGGUCUUUAUGCUUCUGUUUAUAAAAGAGCUUCUUCUACUCUUAAAGUAGAAUUAAAAACUUUGUUUGCACAAUUGGUAGAUGAUGAUAGUCCAAUGGUUAGAAGAGCAGCUUCAAAAGCUUUAGUGAAUCUUGCUAAUGAAGCUUCUGAUGAAGAUGUUCAUUCAGUUAUCAUUACAUUAUUUCAAAAACUAGCUCAAGAUGAUCAAGAUUCUGUCCGUCUUUUAACAGUUGAAGUUUUAGUUGCUCUUGCAAAUCGACUUUCUAAAGAACAAACCAAAGAGCUUUUAUUGCCCGCUUUUAUGGCCUUAGCUAAUGAUAAAGCUUGGAGAGUAAGAUAUAUGGUUGCUUCAAAAUAUGUCGAGCUUGCUGAAGCAUUCGGUCAAGAACUUGCCAGAGAGAAUUUCACUGCAGCAUUUGUUAGUAUGUUGAAGGAUACAGAAGGAGAAGUUAGAACUGCUGCUGCUAGUCAAAUUCCAGGAUAUGGUAAGCUUAUUGAUAAAACUGUCAUUAUCGAAAAACUAUUACCUUGUAUCAAGGAACUUGCUGCAGAUGUUAAUCAACAUGCACGUGCUGCUCUUGCUAAAGAUAUCAGUGGUUUAGCACCUAUUAUCGGUCAAGACGCUACUAUGGAAUACUUAUUACCAUUAUUCUUGGUUCAAUUAACUGAUGAUUUUCCAGAUGUUCGUUUGAAUGUUAUCUCUAACUUAGAAACGAUUAAUAAAGCUAUUGGAAUUGAACGAGUUUCCCAAGCAUUACUCCCUGCUAUUGUUGAAUUAUCUGAAGAUAAGCAAUGGCGUAUUCGUUUAGCUAUUAUUGAAUAUAUUCCACUUUUAGCUAAACAAUUUGGUUCAAAAUUCUUUGAAGAAAAACUUCUUGAAUUAUGCAUGUCAUGGCUUCGCGAUCUUGUAUUCUCCAUUCGUGAGGCCGCAACUAAGAAUUUAAUGAAAUUAACAGAAGUGUUUGGUGCUGAAUGGGCUAAAGCAGCCAUUAUCCCUGAAGUGAUGAAGAUGAUGAGUGAUGAAAACUAUUUACAUAGAAUGACAACUAUUUUUGCAUUAACUACAAUGGCUGAAGCUUUAACUCCUGUGAUGGUAAAAGAAUAUAUUCUUCCAAUAAUUACAGAAAUGUCAAAAGAUCCCAUCCCUAAUAUUCGGUUUAAUGUUGCUAAAUCAUUGGAGACCUUGAUACCAUUAUUGAAAAAAGAUCCAAGUACAGUUGAACUUAUUGAUAUUUCAGUUAAACCUACACUUGAAAAAUUAAGUACAGAUCAAGACGUUGACGUUAAAUUCUUUGCUAUUAGAGCUUUGGAAAGUAGUGCUUAAUUUUAUUAUUAUUAUUAUUUUAAUCGAAAAAAAGCUGUGGCGAGAGAGAGAGAGAAAAAAAGAAAGAAGGAAAUCCACGUAUAUAAACAUAUGUGCAUAUAAAUACUACUACAUUAAAUGAUGAAUAAAAACACAUACAUACAAU